GUAACGGAAGUGUGAAGAUUUACGUCCCUUAGAUAACGGAAGUUGGUUCAACAUGGCCUCGGAAAAUGUCAACAAACGCAAAUUGAAGUGUUUAAUUCAUCAUUCCGGUAAAGUAACAGGCAAAUUAACACCUUUUAGUUCUACAUCAUGGUUAAGACUUACUGAGUGCGCUAAAAGAUGGCUAGAAUGUGACUCUGAGAGCGAAGAAAAUGCCAUAUCUAAAAUUUUAAACGAACAGGGAUUUGUCAACAGCCUUUAUAAUUCUGUAACAAAUUUUGGCCACUUGGGAUAUCAUAGAUCCUGUUACCAGCGCUUUACAAACAGCCAACAUAUUGAACGGGCUCUGCGAGCUGUGCCACAACCUGAUUCAACUGACAUGUGUCCUGACCCAAGUAGUAGUGACUGUGACACAAGUUAUGAACCACCUCGGAAAUUACGAUCAGCUUCCAACCUGCAAUUAUCAGCCAGCACCACCCUUCCUGCUAUAUGUAUUAUCUGUAAAAGGACUGAUAGAUUUGUAAAACUCCAUCACAAACGUACCAGAGACAAACUGAUACAGGCGGAAACAAUGACAGCAGGGAAAUUAUACGAGGCAGCAGUUAAGAAAUGUGAUGAAUCCAUUCUUCUUCACAUCCGAGAGAAGGACUGUGUAGCGAUUGAAGUAAAGUACCAUCGCACCUGUUACCGAGACUACACUAGAUUCGUAACCACGAAAAUGUGUGAUCGUUCAGAUGAAGACGGCCUACAAUUUGCAAAGGCAUAUGAACUGUAUUGCACAUCUGUUAUUGAAACGCGCAUGAUAAGGAAUAAGGAGAUACUGAGAAUGUCAAAUCUUAUUCGUCUAUUCCACCACUACGUGCAGAAACAUGAAGGAAUAGAUCCAUCAAGUUACAGAUAUCAUGUCUUCAAAAUGCUGCAAUGUGACCAAGCUAUUGAGCAAACUGUGAGCAGAGACUCCAAAACAAAAGGAGGCGUCACUGGAUUUACAUUGAACAGUGGAGCUGUGCAACGUUGGAUCCUGGCCCAACCACAACGGUCAGCUAUUACACGACAGUGUGAGAUGAUGGCUGGUGUUUCUCCAGAAACAAGGCCUUGUAAAGAUAAUGAUGCUACUAGAAUCAAGAAGGAUAAAAAAGCAAUAACUUUAAUCAUGGAUACAAUCAACAGCAUGAUCAAUCUAUUUGACAACCAGUAUGAUGAACUAGUGUGUCUGAGCUCAGGUGUUAUAGCUGACAGAAGUGUGAGUCUUGACUUGAAGAAUGCCUAUGCUAAAGGUGAUGAAGCAUCAGCCAACUAUAUGAAAGAGAGAUUAAUUUCUAAGAAAGGUGUUGAUAUGUUUGCCCCCAUUAAAAACUUGAAGUUGAAGACUUUUGGAGACCAAAAGAGACAGAAACAGAAUACCAAAGCAGAGAAGGUGGCAGUCUUAAAGAAUGAUAGAGCACUGUUUGCUAGAUUGCUAGUCAUAGCACAGACCAGGAAGAUUGACCUUAGAGAAAUUCUGACAUAUUCCCUUGGAUCUAUAUCUCUGCCAUUGGCAAGCAUGGAUGGUUCUUUAGCUAAAACUUCAAAAUCAGCUCUAUUAGAUCUUGUGGAAAAGAAAGCAGAAGAUUGUCUUGUAACAUUGGUGCCUUCCAACUCGGCCAUUAUAUUAGAUGCCAUGGCUGUCCUACAAUCUCUUCAGCACAUUCCAGAGACAUUUGGAGAACUUGCUGACAAGAUCUUGGAUCUCGUGAUUAGCAUUGCUUCAAGGUACAAGUGUAGACGUGUGGACUUUGUUGCCGAUCAAUAUCCGGACAUAUGCAUAAAGAAUGCUGAACGAGCACGGCGCACAGCAACUUCUAGUGGUACCCAGAUUACUCACAUUUACAGCAAGGCCCAGAAGAAGACGCCACACCAAUGGAAACAUUUAUGUCUGCUGGUGAAAAUAAGGAAGCACUUAUUACCUUUCUUUUUUCUUGUUGGAAAGAAGGAAACUACAGCAAGAUGCAAGACAUUGCCAUCUAUGUCACCGUAG